AUGUCCCGAAAAAAGGGAGCUAAAGCGAAAAGUAACACCGCUAGUCCUUCCGCAAGCACUCCUCGAAAAGAAAACGCUAAAUCUGGAAAAAGCACCAUAGUGUCCAGCGUUCAGGCAAACGGUGUGGUCCAUCCCAGCCGACCGUCUCUCAGCAGUAGCAGCGAGUUUUAUGACAUCGCUUUCAAGGUGAUGCUGGUGGGAGACUCUGGUGUGGGGAAGACCUGUCUGCUGGUUCGCUUUAAAGAUGGAGCUUUUUUGGCAGGAAGCUUCAUUUCUACUGUGGGCAUCGAUUUCAGGAACAAAGUGCUGAGCAUUGAUGGGGUGAAGGUCAAGCUUCAGAUCUGGGAUACAGCAGGACAAGAGCGUUUUCGCAGUGUUACCCACGCCUACUACCGCGAUGCCCACGCUCUCCUGUUGCUGUAUGAUGUCACCAAUAAAGCAUCUUUUGACAACAUCCAGGCUUGGCUGACUGAGAUCCAUGAGUACGCCCAGCAAGAUGUGGUCCUAAUGCUUCUUGGGAACAAGGCCGACGCCACACAUGACAGAGUGGUUAAACGAGAGGAAGGAGAAAAACUUGCUAAGGAAUAUGGUGUGCCAUUUAUGGAGACCAGUGCAAGAUCAGGCCUGAACGUGGAGCUGGCCUUCACAGCUAUAGCUAAAGAGCUGAAGCACAGAUCCAUGAAGGUAGAUCCCAAUGAGCCUAAGUUUAAACUGCAAGAGUACGUCAACAAAGAGAUGAAGAGCACGGGAUGCUGCAGGUCCUAA